GCGGCGCUCACGAUCCUAAACGCGAUCUACAAUCAGGCCACGCCCUGCGUCAGUUCCGAUUGGCUGACAGCGGGUAGCUUUGCUUCCUCAUUGGUCACUCCUUUCCCAUUGAAUCUCCUCCACCUUUACUUUGUCAAUUUCUGCGCUUUCAUUGAAUUGCGUUGCAAGAGAGCCGCAUCGAUCCACAGCCUGCAGCAAUCCCAGCACGACAACAUACACUACUGUCCCUUAACAGAUGAGGACUACACCAUCACACUGGUUUAUUAUCAACCGGGUGGACCAAAUUCGCACUUUCCCUGGAAGAAGUGAGAACCAGCACCGUGGGAGAGAGAUUUCCCGUCGUAGAAGCGACACUUCUCUGUAGUUGGCUAAUGAUUUUCAUUAAUUCCCAACUUGUCUUAAUCCACCGAGGGCAAAACACAGCGAUGAUAAGACUUCAGGACGCUCAUGAGAGUUUUAUUUCGUCAUUUUAUCUCUGAAUUUCGACAUUAAGUGCACCUCAACCGGGCAUUAAGAGGAUUAAAACCGAGAUUUGUGGGUUUUGUGAAAGGAAAUACAAUGCCGGACCAGAUCACAGUGGCGGAGUUUGUGGCGGAGACGAAUGAAGAUUAUAAAUCGCCCACCGCCUCAAACUUCACCACUAGAAUGACUCACUGCAGGAAUACUGUAACCGCACUGGAGGAGGCUCUGGAUGUGGACCGCAGUGUCCUUUACAAGAUGAAGAAGUCAGUUAAGGCCAUUUACGCCUCCGGUCUGGCUCAUGUGGAGAACGAGGAGCAGUACACUCAAGCUCUGGAGAAGUUUGGAGAGAACUGUGUGUACAGAGAUGAUCCUGAUCUGGGAUCAGCAUUCCUGAAGUUCUCCGUCUUCACCAAGGAGCUCACAGCCCUAUUCAAGAACCUGUUUCAGAACAUGAAUAACAUCAUUACCUUCCCAUUGGACAGUCUGCUGAAGGGUGAUCUGAAAGGGGUUAAAGGGGAUCUCAAGAAGCCCUUUGAUAAAGCCUGGAAAGACUAUGAGACUAAAGUUUCUAAAAUAGAGAAGGAGAAAAAAGAGCACGCCCGACAGCACGGAAUGAUCAGGACUGAGAUCAGUGGAGCGGAGAUAGCAGAAGAGAUGGAAAAGGAGCGCCGUUUCUUUCAGCUUCAGAUGUGUGAGUACCUCCUCAAAGUCAAUGAAAUCAAGAUCAAGAAAGGUGUCGACCUUCUCCAGAAUCUCAUCAAAUACUUUCAUGCACAGUGCAAGUAA